AUGAACGUAUUCAAGCUCCUCUCGCGAUCUUCCCAAGCGGCGCAGAACUCGCACGCGCAAAAGCUUCCCUCUUCCGGCGCCGUCGCAAAUCCACAGCUCUUCGGCCACAACGAGCCACCACAGUCGCCAGAUUCGUCCAACUCGAGUCGCAAACGAAAGAGAGGGCAGAAUGUUGUAGAGUCAGAGUCCGGUUCUGCUGCCUUGCCCGCAGACCUCGAUUUCUUUGGUGGAGGCGCAGGCAGAGACGCACAGGCUGGCGGGGACAAAUUAUCCAAGAAGCAGAGAAAGAAGCAGAAGAAACAGGAGCAGGAAGAGGCGGCGAAUUUGGAAAAGGAAAUAAACAAUGUCCAGCAAGAACCCUACGAUGUGGAGGAAUGUAAAAGGAUACUGCGCUCGCACAAGCUCAAGGUUGCCGUGUUGGGGGACUUUGCGCCACAAAUAGAAGAGCCGCGCAAGGAGAAGAAGUCGAAAAAGAAGAAGAAGGAAGAGGAGAAAAAGAAGGAUACGAAGAAGACGCUGUACCCUCAGCCCAUCACAUCGUUUGCGCAGCUUCGAACACGCUACGGCAUAUCGAGACGCCUCGCAGAGAAUAUAAUAGAGCAGGGUUACAAGUUGCCGACAGAGGUUCAACUGGGGGCUUUGCCACUGCUGCUGCGGAAGAAAGGUGAGCCAGGCCUCUUGCAAGACGUCGAGAAUCUGUCUGGAGCGGAAUACAAUGGAGAUAUCGACCUUUUGACGGUUGCGCCCACGGGCAGCGGAAAGACUAUAGCGUUUCUCAUACCGAUCAUCGAUGCGUUGCUUUCAGAAAGCAAGAGCGCAGACGCCAAGAAUGGUCCUCGUGCAGUCAUACUUGCCCCCACGAGGGAACUGGCAUCGCAGAUUGUGAAUGAAGCGAGGAAGCUGGCAAAAGGUACUGCGGUUAAGGCUACGCUUAUGAGGAAGGGCAUGCAGGUGGUGGCACACGAUGAAGAUGAGCCUGAAGAGACAAAAGAGGACGAGGCCAAAGACUCAUCUGAAGCCUCUGAUGACGAAGGAGGUGAAUCUGAAUCUGAAGAUGAAGAGAAGGAAGCACCGAAAAAGAAGACAGGCCGCCGAGCAGAGCUUGUAAAGGCCGCGAUUCUUGUUUCAACUCCGCUUGCUCUCGUGAAUUCUCUGAAGCGUAGAGAUGGCACCGUUGCAAGCAUCUCUAGCAUAUCUCAACUCGUCCUCGACGAAGCCGACGUCCUCCUCGAUCCUCUGUUCCGCGAACAAACUCUGGCUGUAUGGAACGCAUGCACAAAUCUCAGUCUUCGCGUCGGACUCUGGUCAGCAACAAUGGGAUCAAACAUUGAAAGUCUGACAAUCUCUACUCUAAACGACCGCUGGUCUGCCAUUUCCUCAUCGCAAUCCGCUCUACCCCCUCGACCACCACUCAUCCGCCUCGUUGUCGGCCUCAAAGACAGCGCCAUUCCAAACAUAUCCCACCAACUAACCUACGCCGCCACCGAGCAAGGCAAACUCCUCGGCCUUCGCCAACUCCUUCACCCAACCGCCGUCCACACCGACUCAUCUCAACCCAUACUCCGUCCCCCCUUCCUCGUCUUCACCCAAACAAUCCCACGAGCCAUAGCCCUCCACUCCGAACUCCUCUACGACAUACCCCCCGAAGCCGGCGGCAGCUCACGCAUCGCUGUGCUCCACGCCGACCUCAGCUCCUCCGCCCGCGACACAAUCAUGACGCGCUUCCGCAAAGGCGAAAUCUGGGUCCUCAUCACCACUGACCUACUUGCCCGCGGCAUCGACUUCCGCGGCCUCAACGGCGUCGUAAACUACGACGCCCCUUCCUCCGCCGCCGCCUAUGUCCACCGCGUCGGCCGCACAGGACGCGCUGGCCGCACCGGCGGCGUCGCCGUUACUUUUUACACCCAAGACGACAUACCUUACGUUAAACUCAUCGCCAACGUUAUUCGCGCGUCUGAAGCGCUGAGAGGUGUCAAUGCCGAUGAAGGGAGUGUUAAACAGUGGUUGCUGGAUGUAUUGCCGACGCCAUCGAAGAGGGAUAGACAGGUGCUUAAGAGGAGGGGUGUUGAGGCCAGACGGACAGGCAAGGCGAGUCGGAUUAGUAGUAAGAGUGGGUAUGAGAGAAAGAUUGAGAAUAUGCGCAGGGAGAAGAGGGAGAAGGCGAGGAGGAAGGAAAGUAAGGAGAGUGGGAGUGAGGGUGGGGAAAGGGAAGAAUAA